UUGUAAUAAAAUAUAAUGUCAUUUUCUCUCCUGUCGAUUGAAAAUUGAAAGAUUUGUGUGUUUGUGAAACAUAAUUUGUUUUCACUUUUCACUUCUCAUCAACUAGCCAACUACCACUUCUUCAGUACCAUAUUAUCUUCAGUAGAGUAGAGCAGCUGAGUGGCUCAAAAAAAUCUCAACUUUUUUUAUUCUUUUCAGAUUUAAGAUUUUGAAACCUUAAACCCUCGAAUUUUUUAUUUGAUAAAUACCCAUUUUAUAAUCUUGGAAAAGACAGUCACUAAUCCCCAUCCCCGAUACUGGAUUCUCGUUCAGUUUAAGCUAAAAGGAUGGGAGGGGCAAUUAAGUCUUUUAUCGAAAAGGCGUUGCCUUUUGCUGCCAUGGUGAUGGUAGAAUGUGGGGAAGUUGGGAUGAUUACAUUAGGAAAAGCAGCCAUGAAUGAUGGACUAAGCAGUUUUGUGUAUGUUGUUUACUAUAAUGCCCUUGGCUCCAUUAUUCUUCUUCCUGGUUUCAUUCUCCACAUCUGCAGAAAUAGUCGACCUCCUCUCACAUUAUCGAUCCUUUGCAAACUAUUUGGGCUUGGAUUUUUAGGGAUUUGUCUUCUUCAGGUAUCUGCAUAUACGGGUAUCAAUUAUAGUUCUCCAACUUUAGCAGCUGCAUUAGGCAACUUGAUUCCUGCCUUUACUUUCCUACUUGCAGUCAUCUUUAGAUUGGAAAAAUUCAAUGUAAACAAACCAACAAGCCGAGCAAAAGCAUUAGGCACAAUCGUGGCUAUAACCGGAGCAUUCGUAAUGACAUUUUAUCAAGGUCCAACAUUAUUCAAGAAGAUUAUUAAUCAUAAUAAUUCAAAUGAAAAUUUACUUUCUUCACAAAAAUCAAAAUGGAUACUCGGGGGUUUCCUUAUUGCAAUCACAAGCCUUUGUUCUUCAUCAUGGAAUGUUUUUCAGACGGCAACGGUGAAAGAAUUCCCCGAUGAAGUGACAGUCGUUUUCCUCUUUUGUUGCUUUGGGACAAUUCAAACCGCGUUUUUUACCCUUAUUUUGGAACGAAAUACAGAUGUUUGGAUUCUUGAUACGCGCACCGAGUUUAUAUCUAUUGUUUUUGCGGCUGUUUUUGGAGCUGCAAUUCGUAGCAUGAUCAUGGGGAUCAUGUUUCUUGGUGAUGUUCUUCAUUUAGGAAGUGUGAUUGGAGCAGUGAUAAUAGCUAUAGGAGUUUAUACGGUUUUAUGGGGGCAAUCGAAAGAACAAAAAUUGGUGAUAGAUGAUGAAUCAUUGACAGAAAACACCCCUCUCCUCCAGUCAUAAGUAAAGAUUUCUUUUUUGUGAAACUUAGCUUUGUUUAUGUAACUAAAAGUUUGAAGUUUUAUGUUAAUCGAGUUAGUAAAUAAAAGGAUAGGUGUUUUGAGUAGGCAAUGAAUCUGUCAAAUAUCAAGAUUUUGGCCUUGUUUUGUUCAAGGGAUUUUACACAUGAUGGACUAUUAUACAAAAAUGAAGACAACUUCGAAAAAGGUCCACAUGGUUUUCAAAAGAUCUUAGUUCUGCGAUAACGUUGCAAAGUGUUACAUUGGUGGUCCUUAUGGUUUAAUUUCAUUUAAAAGAUAGGCUUCGUGGCAUUUAGCGAAAAUGUAAAUCGCAAUAAGUUGUUGGAAACUUAGUUUUUGCUAACUUUCAAAAAUGG